GUUUUCCUUCUGCYGUGUCAGUUUUCAGCUCUCUGUCACAGUCCCUGUGUUUGCGCGUAAAAGCAGAACCGCUGGAGUCUCAAUGAAGAGCUACACAYGGGGCUUAUGGUCUGAUUGAUCCAGAAUUCCCAACAUGGCUUCAGUGGGUCACAUGGAUCUGCACCAGGUAUUGAGAGGGAAGCCCUGCAUUUCUUCACAAAUUCACGUUUCCAUUGUGAGGAUGCCUGCGCUUGGAGAGGAUACACCAGUAUAAAAAGCAGAAACGCUUCAUCAUAAAGCUGCAGAUAAUAAGCUGUUGUUCCCCUGGGAUCAGUACAUGCUGAAUUGUUAUCAGGACACGUUUGAAAGCCUUUUUGCUUCAGUGAACCCAAAUAGGACAACGUGCAAAUCAUGACUGAGUUAAAUAGUGUGGGGUUGAGAGGUGACAGGCUUUCUCUAGCUGGAUUUUAGACCUGCUGUCUGCUAGUGAGGGGGGGUUUCACCAGAGGAGCUUCCUCAUUAGGAACCAAAGAGGUCAGAGGUCAACUCACAUGGUCAAGUGGGUGGAAGACUUUAACGGUUUCUGCCAGAGYCACUAUCUGUGGGUGUUCAAGCUGAAUGAUUCUUGUUGAGAACAUAAAAGAAAAGUCAAGAAGUGGACAAUUGUGUCCAACGCUGUGGAACGAGUCGCCAUGCUAGAUGUCUGGAUUUGGACCAUCAGACUAUCUGUUCAGCUGCUGCUUUGGUCRCAACUCCUGGACAGUCAACAAACAGCAGAUCACAGGAAGGUGCCUCAGAGGACAGAGUCUCAACAGGAGUUCAGGGCAGAGUACRGGGAAAUUCAGGGAGCCUGGGGCACCUGGGGCGCCUGGUCAACCUGCUCCCGGACAUGUGGGAAAGGGGUACAAGAACAGACGAGGCCCUGUCUGCCUGUGUACACUCAAUACCCCUCCAGAGGAGUUGCCGUUCAGCCCCAGCAGCCAGGCCAUGUCAUUUCAGCUUUGAAGCCUGCUGCUGCUCCACGCCACAGUGGUGUCAGAGCCUUCAACAACAGCAGCAGCAGGGGAGAGCUGAGAAGGGAGAAGCAGAGCAGGCCAGGAGAACGCAGGAAGGUCACCCACAUUGUCCCAGGGAGGUAUGGCUAUGGACGAGCACCUCAUGUGGCUCCACUGUUAGUGGAUUCAGGCAGAGGCUCAGCUUCCCCUCGCCUCCACAGACAAAAACGCUCCCCUGCUGCUAACUCCCUCCAGGCCUUUCCUGGAAGGCACACCGACCUCAGAUCACCCAAACUGGAUGCCUCCAACAACCUCCAUCGCUUUACCAGGCCAUAUGUGCAUCCCAGGACUCAACAUCCCAGGAAUAACCAAGUCUGGGCUUCCCUUUACCAGCCUGCAUCCUCUAACCAGGCUGAGGUCCAGACUGGGAGUCACACCUCCAGCCACCAGCUGCACAAAGAGAGACCUUACAACCCACUGCCUUCAUCCUUCUGUACAGGGGAGCAUGCUCACUACAGGAUCUGCAACAGUAAUGAUUGUCCUCCAUCCAGCAAAGGCAUCAGAGCGGUUCAGUGUUCUUCCUACAACAGCCAGCCAUUCAUGGGCAGACUCUAUAAAUGGGAACCUUUUAAUGAAGUUCCUGGGGGCCAGCAUUGUGAGCUAAACUGCCGGGCCACUGGGUUCAGAUUCUACGUGCGACAGUCAGACAGAGUGAUUGAUGGCACGCCGUGCGGACAAAAUGAAACAAAUCUGUGUGUGGCGGGACAGUGCGCGAGCCUUGGGUGCGAUGAGUAUCUUGGAUCUGGGAAGGUGGUUGACAAGUGCGGCGUGUGCGGAGGUGACAACUCGACCUGCAGGCUGGUCUCAGGAGUGUUCAAACACAGCUUGUCCAAGAUUGGCUACCACAAGAUAGUGGAGAUCCCAGAGGGAGCCACAAGGAUCAACGUGACGGAGAUGGUGAAGAGCAGAAACUACCUGGCUCUGCGAAGCCGUUCAGGGAGAUCCAUUAUAAAUGGAAACUGGGCUAUCGACCGACCGGGGAAAUAUGAGGGUGGAGGUACCAUGUUCACCUACCGCAGACCCAAUGAGAUCAGCAGUACAGCUGGGGAAUCCUUUCUUGCUGAGGGCCCCACCAAUGAAAUUCUGGAUGUUUAUAUGAUCUUUCAGCAACCAAACCCUGGGGUUCACUACGAGUACAUUCUCUCCUCUGAGAAAACCGUCAAGCCUCAGCAACCAACACAAACAGCAGAAGAAUCUGCGAGAGGACAGGAUGAGUACACGCAGCAGAGCCACACGCAGCAGGAGAACUUCAACUCUGCAGGAGGGGGAAGAUAUCAGCCACAUCUUCCUGACAACCAGGUACCUGCUGUGGUUCCUCCAAGACGUGACAGGGAGUACAACUGGAAACUGACUGGCACCACAGAAUGCAGCGCCUCCUGUGGAAAAGGUUUCAGAAAUUCAAUCUUCCGCUGCGUCCACYGGCUGAAUCACGUCGAGGUGUCGGAUGCUUUUUGUGAAAGCAGCAGCCGCCCAGGUCCACAGGAGGAGGCCUGCAACCUGCAGCCCUGCCCAGCAUUUUGGGAUAUCGGAGAGUGGUCGGAGUGCAGCAAGACCUGUGGACUGGGCAUGCAGCACCGGCAGGUUCUGUGCCGCCAAGUUUAUGCCAACCGCACCCUCAACGUCCACACGAGCCGCUGCCGACACCUGGAGCGACCCGAAACGGCCAGUACCUGCCAGCUCAAGAUCUGCAGUGAGUGGCAGAUCCGCUCUGAAUGGACAUCUUGUUCGGUGCCGUGCGGGGUGGGUCAGAGGUCAAGAGAGGUGCGCUGUGUGAGCAACGUGGGUGACUUCGUUCCUGAUGAGGAGUGCAACAUGAACCUGCGACCCACCAACGUAGAGAACUGCGACAUGGGAGCCUGUGCCAAGAGCUGGUUCUACACCGAGUGGGGAAACAGGUGCUCCGCUGAAUGCGGGAUGGGUGUCCGAACCCGCAGCAUUCUUUGCCUGACCAACCAUAUCAGCAGCCUCCCUCUGGAGGGGUGUGGCAGCGAGCGGCCUGCAGACUCCCAGGUCUGCAACAACGGUCCCUGUGACAAUCGAAUCGAGUGGUUCACAGGUCCUUGGASCCAGUGCUCUGCAGAAUGCGGCUCAGGCAGUCAGCAGAGGUCAGUGGUGUGCCUGAUAAAGUCUGAUGAAGGAUUUACCGUCAUGCCACCCUAUGAAUGCUCAUCCUUGGACCGACCACUCAGUCAGCAGAGCUGCAAUAUUAAGACCUGYGGUUCGAAGUGGUACCACACUGACUGGAGUGCGUGUUCAAAAACGUGCGAAGGAGGUUUCCGCGUUCGGGAGGUGCGCUGUCUGUCAGACGACAUGCUGUCCUCUGAGGCCUGUGAUGAGCAGCUGAGACCGGCGGACAGGGAGGACUGCAGCCCUGAGCCCUGCAUACCUCAGAUAGACYUGAACUGCAGAGACAAGUACUACAACUGCAACGUGGUGGUCCAGGCUCGCCUCUGUGUUUACGAUUAUUACAAAACAGCAUGCUGUGCGUCUUGUUCACGCAUCGYACACAAACAGAAGGCACACCGAGGUCACAGCUAGCACCGACUUCCUGAGGAUCCUAAUUCACGCCCACUAAAGGUUCUCUGACCCCGAGCCUGCCUGGACAGACGGACGGGCAGGACCUUUUCCAGAAAGGACCCUCGUUAAUGUUAAGAGCGAUGAAAACCAGAGAAGGACCAUUUGUGUUGGAUCUUUUACAGGUUGCUGUUGGGGAACCAAAAAAAAGGCCAUAAAUCAUGUGUGACAUGAAUCUAGGUGCUGGAAAUAAGGAACGUUAUCCGGAUCAGCGAGAGCCACAACAAACAGAGGCAUCAGCAACAAAAACUUGUCGGGUUCUUGUUCUUCAGUUUGAGAUGAAGCGUUCACAGCUGGCUCUUGUGCAUCACUUUGUCCAGACUGCCAGUGAACCCUCUGCGGAGGAUAUAUUCUAACAAAGUGGAAACUGUCCAGCAUAUAAUAAGCGGUUUCACAUCCAGCCUCACUAACAUCGGCUCAUUAAACUGAGCUCAGCACAAAAACAUUCCUUUCAUAAACAAAUUCUGUGCAUUAAACCCUCCAWKGGGCUAACGWCGUGUCCKUUCCUACGCUGCCCUGAGAUGUAAGAGCAGCUUAUGUAAUAUAAUUAUCUGUAUAUAUGUUUGUGAAUGGCAACGUUUGAUAAAUGUUUUUUUUUAAUGGUWCUCUGAGCCUCCCACAUAACCUAAAAGGAGGGGGGAGUCCUCUUUAUUUAUGUAUGUGACUCUCCAGGGUGGUUGCUACUUUAUCGGCCACUGGUGGCUUCUUCUUUUCAGCUGUUCUGCCUCUAAG